AUGAGGUUGAAAAAUAUUUUUGUAGGAAUAAAGGAGGAUAUUAAACAGUUAGAAUCAGUUCUGACAACUGAUGACAAAUCAAAUGGAGUGAUUUCCAUAUGUGGCAUGGGAGGAUUGGGAAAGACCACUCUUGCUACUAAAAUUUACAAUGGGGAGGCCGUGCAACGGUGCUUCAAAUAUCGUGCUUGGGUUUGUGUAAGUCAGCAAUUUCAACCCAAAACUAUUUUUCGACGACUAUUAAAGCAACUUCUUCCGAAUGAAAGUGAAGAGCAAGACAAAGAUACAUUGGUCAGAAAGUUUUACCAAGUACAAAGAGAUAGAAAAUGUCUCCUAGUUUUGGAUGAUGUUUGGGAAGUUGAUCAUUGGAAUUGCUUAAGGCGUGCCUUUCCCAUUGCAGAGGCAGAUAGCAAAGUUUUGCUCACAACCAGAAAUCAAAACAUUGCUUCCAGAGGAUACGUCCACAAUCUCAAGUGUUUGGAUGAAGAUGAAGGAUGUGAGCUCCUUCAAAAGAUAGCAUUCCCGAACAACUAUUCGCAAGAUAGCUACACUGAAAUAAAGUUGUUGGAAGAAUAUGGAAGGGAAAUAGUAAAAAAAUGUGGUUAUUUACCAUUACCCAUUUCAGUUAUUGGAGGAACUCUUCAUCAUGAAAAGGCAUCAAUAGAAUGGAAAAAUGUGUGUAGAAAUCUUGAUUCUUGUUUGGAGAAUGACAAAGGAGUAAAUCAAAUACUAGAUUUGAGUUACAAUGUGCUCCCUUACAAUCUGAAACUAUGUCUUUUGUAUUUGGCUUGUUUUAAAGAAGAUGAAGAAAUAGAUAUAGAAAAACUAUAUUUACUAUGGAUGGGAAGAGGAGAAAGUUUGAGGGAUGUGGCAGAACGGUAUUUAUUCGAGCUAGCAAAUAGGUGUAUGGUUGAAGUGGAAAUAGACAAGUUGCCGCUAUAUAAUAGGUUUAAGUCAUGCCGGCUUCAUGACAUGAUACCAGAUUUUUGUUUGUCAAAAGGAAAAAAAGAAGGAUUUCUGGAGACAUUGAAUGUGAAAAAUACAAUUAGAUUACCUAAUUACAUAUACAAAAUGAGGCACUUGAGGUAUCUAUUUUUGGGAUUUCUUCAUGAGAGCGUUGGAGGUGAAAAAUUGAAAUUGGAAGGGUUGAAUGAGGUGGAGAUGAUAACUGGGUUCAACAGUUUGGUUGAUGACAUCACUCAUCUUCUUAAAUUGCCGAAGCUCCGAGUAUUUGAAGGAAGAAUUUUUUAUGAAGAAAGUUUGUCAAUGAUUGUUGAUCACAUCUUAAAUCAUCAAGAACAAUUUCGCGACGUACAGCUUAAUAUUGACAUGGGUGUUAAUAUGGAUUCGGAAGAUGGCUCAACUCUUCUCAAAAGGUUAGUGAUGUGUCACUCACUACAUUACUUGAGUAUUGCAUAUUGUCGAGUGAGCAAAUUACCAACUUAUGAAGUUCAACUAUAUCAAAAUGUGAUAGAAUUGCAGCUUGUGGAUACAAGGAUUGAGGAAGACGCAAUAAAAAUACUAGAGAAGCUUCCCAUGUUAAGAGUUCUUGGCUUAAGGCGCAAUCCAUAUAUGGGCAGAGAGAUGUGGAGAGUGGAGAAAGGAGCAAUGCCCAAUCUCUCUAAUCUAGUUAUUGCAAAAUGCAGUAAAUUGAAGAUGAUUCCUGAUGGAUUGGAAUUCAUUAAUACUCUAAAAACACUUAUUAUAAUUAUGUCAGAAGAGUUCGUGAAGAGGGUAGGAGUGGUGGAUGGUGAAGAAGGAGAAGAUUAUCACAAAAUCAAACACAUACCCUUCAUUGACAUUUAUUAUUACGACUAA